UGGUACCGAGGCCUCCAGGUGCCCGGCGCGAAGGCGGAGCUGGGUCCAGCCGCCUCCCCGGCGCCUCGGACGAGACCCCCGGGAGCUCGGGGGCCCCAGCGCGGCGGCUCCGAGCGCCCGGCCUCCCAGAGCUGCGCGCGCUCCUCCCUGCGGCGCCGCGGGGCGCGAAGCCCACGGAGCAGAGCGCAGCGCGCACAACCGAGUGGCGCACGAGGGGCAGUGGCCGCGCAGCCGCGCCCGCCACCGGAGCCCGCACUCAAGCCCGCCGCGCGGGGACGCCCGGACCAUGGCUGCCGAGGGACGCGGCCCCUGCGCCCAGCUCUGGGCGGCGGCGCUGAUCCUGCUCGGUCUGCCGUGCCUCUCCGUGCGGGCGGAUGGGAAGCUUUUUGUGCUGGAGUCUCAGAAUGGCUCUCGGGGCCUAGAACUGGAGGUGGCUCGGCUUUCCUGCAAGAGCAGGGGUGCUCACCUGGUGUCUGCGGAAGAGCUGCGGAGGGUGGUCCAGGAUUGUGCCUUUGCAGUGUGCACCACCGGCUGGUUGGCGGAUGGCACCCUCGGGACAACCGUGUGUAGCAAAGGGAGCGAUGAACAGCAAAUCACGAGAGCUGUUGAUGUGAGAAUUGAAAGCAACCCAGUUCCUGGUGGCACGUACAGUGCCCUUUGUAUUAAGGAUGAAGAGAAGCCGUGUGGAGACCCGCCUUCGUUCCCACACACCAUCCUGCAGGGCCGCACGGGCCUGGAGAUGGGGGACGAGCUGCUGUAUAUGUGCGCCCCGGGCCACAUCACGGGCCACCGCGAAACCGCCUUCACCCUACUGUGUAACGGCUGUGGGGAGUGGUACGGCCUGGUGCAGGUCUGCGGGAAAGAUGCAGCUGAGGCACAUAUUGACUAUGAGGAUAAUUUCCCGGAUGACAGAUCCGUGUCAUUCAGAGAGCUCAUGGAGGACUCGCGGACAGGGGCAGAGGAGGACAGAGGUCCGGGAGAGGCCUCUGAGGAGGCUCCGAGACAGGACCAUCUGGUCUCCAUUUCUGUGGGGAGAGAAAACAUAGCCCAGGAUACAGCCUUUGUGCCAACUACAGGCUUGUCCAUCACGGGAAGCAGUGUCCCUACAGACCUGCCAGGAUCCCAGCUAAACCAGAAGUACUUGUUCUGGUUUCCUGCUGAGAACUUCCACAAGCCUGAGCUGGAGAAGGAGAUGAAUGAUGGCACCAAAAAGCAGUUUCCGGCUAGAGACAACCAUAGUAGCCCAACACCAGCUCCAGGUGAACCUGAAGCCGAGGUGAUCUAUAGCAGCACUCAUGGUCCUUUGGGGCCAUUCUUGGGCAGGACUGACAGCAAGACAGGGGACCCAAUGGUGAGCAGCAGUGAUGAGUCCUGGUUAGAUGGCUACCCUGUGACUGAUGGGGCUUGGAGGAAGACAGAGGCAGAAGAGGAGGAAGAUGGGGACAAGGGAGAUGGGUCAGUAGGGCUGGAAGAGAGGGUUCCCAUUAGUCCUAAUCAGCCCAUUCCUGUAGAAGUUAAGAAGCCCAGGAGUACCACCCUCACACCAAGUGACGACAUGACCCGUAGUUCAGUUCUUCCCUCUCAAACACCAGACGUAGAAGCUUUGGCUCUCAGACCAGUGAAUGUGUCUGAAACUGAGAGUCCCAGCAAGGGAGAUGGUGACUCGACCAGGUACCAGUCAACUGUUCCCUGGAGCUUUGCCACAGAGUCAUCUCCCAUGGCCACCCUACCCUAUGAACUCACCAGCUCUACCCUGGGGACAGUGACAACUGCUGUCCAGCAGAUGCCGAAUCGCAUUCCCUCAACUAUCAUGGCGGCCAGCCAGACUCCAGGGGAAACCAUUGCUACUGAGGUCCAGGAUAGUUUCCCAUACCUGCUGUCUGAGGAAUUCUUGGGACGGGAAAGCCCUGGCCCAGGUGCAGGUAAAGAGCUUCUUCCAAGUGUGGAGCCGUGUAUAGGGGAUGGGUGUCCCGGCCUCAGCGGAGGCCCUAUCAUUGCCACCACUGUCACUGUCCUGUGUCUGCUGGUGCUCCUGGCAGGCGUGGGGGCAGUGUGGGGCCACCGCAAGUGCCAGCACAAGAGCUCCGUGUACAAGCUAAAUGCUGGGCAGCGGCAGGCGCGGCACUACCACCAGCAGAUUGAGAUGGAGAAGGUCUAGCCACCCUCAGAGCUGGCUCUCCCGAAGCCACUUAGGAGGAGAAGAAACUGCCAUGUCUCAUUGAUAAACACUGAUAAUUCACUAGAGCAUGAAACAGGUGGAGUAGGGCUUGUCUCUUUUUCUCGGGUCUUUGUUCUAUAGGCCGAGAAGUGGCUCUGGAGGCACCUGGUAGGACAAAAAGGCUUUGGUGGCAUCAUCACACGCAUCAAUAUCUCCUUAACCAACUGCCCUAGAAUGUACUGCGCUGAUCCCAGACCUGUGCUCAGGCCCUAAUUCCAGUAUGAGGUCAAAACUCACCUCUCACUUCAUCAUGCUCUUGUCUCCAUUCCCUUGUUUUAAGAAAAAAAAAAUGAGUAACUCCAUGACCUGAAAUUUUUAGAAAAAGUAUGAUAAACUGAGCACUUGAGAGCAGUGUUAUUUAGGAUAGAGAUAUUUAAUUGUUGGGGGUGGGACAUAGAAAAGUAAUGGGUUAUUUCCUUUUAAUGUAGUGACAUUGUGAAGGCAAAUGAGCCAAGAACCAGGACAUAGUCUAGAAGCUUUUGGUUUCUUUUUAAUUGUUGAAAUUGGAGGGAGAAAAAAAAAAAAAGAAAUCCGAGAGAGUUUAGGACUGAUGCUUUGUUGGGUUGGGGAGGGAGGUGAGGAGUAGUAAGACACAUCCACCUUUGUUCCCUCCAUUUUGUAGGACAGACCAUUGUUUUUUUAAAAAACAUGCGAUUAGUUUUGGGGACAUCUGGGUGGCUCUGUCAGUUAAGCAUCUGACUCUUGAUUUCGGCUCCGGUCAUGAUCUCUAGAUCCUGGGAUC